UUUGACGUUUAACAAAAACCCAAACGCCGUACUUCACGCGGUUGUGAAGUUGUGUAGAUCAUUCUUGCAACAAAAAAAAGCGCUUAAAAACAUAUUAUUUCCUGUAUAUCGUGUUCGCUAGUGCUACUCACUUGCUCUUCCAACAGUUUGGAACGUAAUUGUUGCCAUAGUUGGGUCGCACUUGAUGUGGAAAGCCUUGUUUUCAAGUACCACGUUUUCGACCGGCAAUCACGCACCAUGUUGACAAACAAAGUGUUCAUGAAGAAAACCAAACGCGGCAAUAUACUGAAAAUUGUGCGCGAACACUACCUGCGGGAUGAUAUUUGGUGCGGUUCGGCCGCCUGCCAGAAGUGCCCACCGGAUGAGAAUGCGGUGCUGCUGGAGGAAGCCCCAGAAUCUGUAAGCGACCGGUUUGCCUUUCCGCACUACCUGCUGCUGGACACGAACAUCGUCCUGUACCAGAUGGAUUUGCUGGAGGAAAGUGCAAUCCAGAACGUGAUCAUUCUGCACACCGUGCUGGACGAGGUGAAACACCGCAGUGCGGUGAUAUACAAACGAUUGCGCGCGAUCCUGUCCAAUCCGGAGCGAAAGUUUUAUACGUUCGUGAAUGAGCACCACAAGGAUACGUACGUGGAGCGUAUGCCGGGGGAAUCGGCAAACGAUCGGAACGAUCGCAUGAUCCGCACAGCGACGGAAUGGUACGAAAAGCAUCUGCACCAGGAUAAGGGCCGCAAGACACGCGUACGCAUCGUGUUGCUGUCGGACGAUGCGGAUAACCGUGCCAAAGCGACGGAACUCGGGCUGAACACGUGUUCGGCGGCGGAGUACAUGAAAGCGGCCAAGGAGAAGUUUGCCCACCUGCUGGACAAAAUUUCCCAGCGGGACACGGUUUGCGAGUCCAAGGAUCCACUCUUCCCGUCCCAUCUGACGCUGAUGCAGAUACACGAAGGCAUCAAGAGCGGCAGGUUGAUGCAGGGUGGCUUUAUAGCUUCGCGGGAAAAUUACCUCGAGGGGUAUGUGCGCGUCGAAAGCAUCGAGAAGGCAGUCCUCAUACAGGGACGCAUGAACCUGAACCGUGCCGUCGAUGGAGAUGUGGUGGCGAUCGAAAUGUUGCCCGAAAGUGAAUGGAAAUCACCGAGCGAUGUGGUGCUUGUUGACGAGCAGAACGACCCGGGCGACAUGGUGGAACCGGAUCCAACGUUCAGCGUGAAGCCCCAGGCGGAACGUGAACCCACGGCAAAGGUGGUGGGCAUUAUUAAGCGCAAAUGGCGCCAGUACUGUGGUAUACUUAUACCCAGCCACAUCCCGGGCUCGACGCGUCACAUUUUCGUACCGGCGGAACGUAAAAUUCCACGCAUUCGUAUCGAAACACGCCAGGCGGGUACGCUCCUCUCGCAGCGUAUCAUAGUGGCGAUUGACCAGUGGCCAAGACACUCGCGCUACCCGCAGGGCCAUUUCGUGCGCGCCCUUGGGCCCAUCGGUUCGAAGGAAACGGAGAACGAGGUGAUUCUGCUCGAGCACGAUGUACCGCACAAUCGUUUCUCGGAGGACGUGCUUGCCUGUCUGCCCCAGCUGCCGUGGGUAAUUACGGGCGAAGAUUUGAAGCGUCGGGUCGAUUUGCGUGACAUCACCAUCUGCUCGGUCGAUCCGCCCGGCUGUACGGACAUUGACGAUGCACUGCACGCGCGCCGCUUACCGAACGGAAACAUCGAAGUGGGCGUUCACAUUGCGGACGUUAGCCACUUCAUUCGCCCCGGCACGGCACUCGAUCGGGAAGCGGGAAGUCGUGCCACGACCGUGUACCUGGUGGACAAGCGUAUCGACAUGGUGCCGGAACUGCUGAGCUCCAAUCUGUGCUCGUUGCGCGGUGGUGAGGAACGGUUCGCCUUCUCCUGCAUCUGGGAGUUGGACGAUCGGGCCAAUAUCAAGCACACCAAGUACCACAAGAGUGUGAUCAAGUCGAAAAAUGCACUCACGUACGAGGAGGCACAGAUCAUCAUCGACGACAAGACACAAACCAACGAGGUGGCCACUUCCCUCAGGAUGCUGAACGGUUUGGCUAAAAUUUUGAAAAAACGACGCACGGAGAAUGGAGCGCUCGUGCUAGCGUCGCCGGAAAUUCGGUUCCACGUGGACAGCGAAACGCACGAUCCGAUCGACGUGAAGGCUAAGCAGCUGCUCGACACCAACUCGAUGGUGGAAGAGUUCAUGCUGCUCGCGAACGUUUCCGUGGCGGAAAAGAUCGAGCAAGAGUUCCCCGAGUGUGCGAUGUUGCGUCGCCAUCCGUGCCCUCCGCAGGCCAACUACGAACCGCUGGUAAAGGCGGCACAGCACCAGGGCUUCGAGAUAGUGACGACGAGCGGGAAGGAGCUCGCUACCAGCUUGGAUAACGCCGUCAAGCCGGACAAUCCUUACUUCAACACGAUGCUCCGUAUACUGGCCACCCGGUGCAUGAUGCAGGCCGUCUACUUCAUCAGCGGCACACUGCAGCGGGAUGAGUUCUUUCACUACGGGCUGGCCGCUCCAAUCUACACCCACUUUACCUCUCCAAUUCGCCGCUACGCCGACAUCAUCGUGCACCGUCUGCUGGCCGCCUGCAUCGGAGCCGAUUCGACCUACCCCGAGCUGCUGGACAAAAAGAUCAAUUCGAACCUUUGCAACAAUCUGAACUACCGCAACCGGAUGGCGCAGUACGCGGGCCGUGCCUCGGUCGCCCUGCACACGCAUCUGUUCUUCCGCAAGCGGUCGGAGGACGAGCAGGCGUACAUUCUGUUCAUUCGCAAGAACGCGCUCCAGAUACUGGUGCCGAAGUACGGGUUCGAGGGUACCAUCUACGUGACGGGGCGGAACAAUGAGGAAAUCAAGACGGGCGUACGGUUCGUGUACGACGAGGAGCAGCUAACGCAACGGUGCGGCAGUGUCGUGUUCCGGGCGUUCGAUCCCGUCGUCGUACGGUUGAGCCUCGACUCGACCAAUGUGCAGCACGAGAAGUUGGUGUUCGAGCUGGUGGAACCGUACAUCGAAGGGUUCAGCGUGAAAUCGGACGGACCGGAGCCGGAAGCAGCGAAACGGAAGGGCGACCAGAAACCUGCCAAGGCGAAGAAAAGCAAGAAGGCAACAUAGUAAGGAGUGUUUAUAUCCCACCAACGGUGUAGAAUAAAACGGAUCGCCAGUCAAUCCACAAAAGCGAUCGUUACAUGUUAA